AUGGAUAAUUUAAAUUCUCAACAAAAAUGUAUUUCCAAUAAAUACAAUCCCCAAAAGGCAGAAGCAUUGAAGCAACACUUGGAAAAAUUACAUCAGCUAAUAGACAAUAAUUUCAUCGAUAGUAUUAACAAAUAUGAAGAAGAGCGAACAAGUGAAUGGGUGAAACAGCUUCAAAGAUCCAGUAGAAUUGUUAAUUGCAAGACUGUACCUUUUAAAGCCUUGGACAACUACUCAGUGAACGCCAUAGUAGCAAGAGAAAUGCAAUCAAUAGUGACUGAAUCCAACAGAAAUUCAAGUAUCUAUAUGAAAACAGACAAUACUUCUGUAAACACUGUCAUAGAUGAAUCAGAAAAAGCUGUAUCUCAUAAAGUGAUUCACAUGAACCAUUCUGAUUUAACACCUCAGUUGACUAUUGAAGAUAUUUCUGAGGACAGUAGUGACAACCAACUGGAUGGUUAUAUCAAACAAGCUGAAACAAGUCGGCUGAAACUAUCACUCCCUGUCAUAAUGGAUGACAAAGAAACUAUGAUGGAAGUUUACAGGGAACUUUGUCGAAAAUUAGAUUGUCACCCUCUUAAAUCUGUUAUUCGUCGUAUUGGUAAAGUGUGUACUACGCGAAUUCUGGAUUUCUCUGAAUUGCACCUGAGCAAGUUUCACUUUCAACCAGUGUCUUACCUUAUCAAGGAGUGUUAUGAAAUGGAACAAUUAGAUCUUAGUUAUAACAACUUUGAAAAUGAUGGAAUACUUCUGGUCAAAUCGAUAUUGGAUAAAUUUGCAUUUGUUACAAAAAUUAAUCUCUCAGGUAAUUCAUUAAAUCAAGAGGCCUAUUCACUUAUACAAUCAAUAUUAUCGAAAAAUACUCACAUGAACACUUUGAUAUUAAAGGAUACAGGAAUAAAUGAUGAAUGUGCGGUCAUGAUUGCUAAUGGAUUACGAAUGAAUACACGCCUAACAAAAUUAGAUCUAUCAAGGAAUAACAUUAUGUCAGAUGGAGGUUAUGAAUUAGCCAAAGCAAUGAGCAAUAGAUUAAGUCUGGAAUGGGUCAGUUUGCAUUGGAACAAGUUAUCUUCAAAAGGAGCCUAUGAAUUUGGUAAUAUGUUGGAAUUUAAUACUUCACUUCGAUAUCUGGAUCUAUCUUGGAAUGGAUUUACUGGUAAAAGUCUCGAAAAUCUUGGCAGAGGCUUAACGCGUAAUUGUCAUUUGGAAGAAUUAAAUUUGAAGUGCAAUCGUAUUGACUUGAAAGGUGUUAUCACAUUUGCUGAUUCCUUGUACACAAAUAAAAUGUUGAAAAGAUUGAGGCUUGGUCUAAAUCCAUUAACAAUGGCUGGGAUACAUGAACUAAUUAAUGUGAUUGAGAAUUCGACGACAUGCGUUCUUGAAGAAUUAGAUCUGGAAGGUCUAACAAUCAAUGAAAAUAUUUCACAGCAAGUAUAUCGUAUUGGCCUUCGACGCAGCUUUACGCUUAAAGCUACCGGUUGUAUCAGGUGGGAACCUCGUCGAGGAAAGUACAGUAAAACAGAUGCGAUAACCUUUCUAAUAAAUUACCUUAACAGACAUGGGAUGCGUCUGUUGGAUUUAUAUCAUCUAUUGGAUCCUCAGCAGACUGGAGUUAUCAGUUCAGCUCAAUUCAUCGACAGAAUGACGAAGAGUCAAAUCCCUCUAACUCUUGACGAUCUGCAAACAAUAAUCAAAUAUAUUGACGCUGAGGGAACUGAUAAGAUAACCUACAAGCUACUUGCAAGUCGAAUAUACUUUUUUCGAAUAAGUGUUGGAGAUCAGUUACGGAUUAAAGCAGCUGAAUUUGCAAAACACCAAUUAGAUCAAGUCAGAUUAUUUGUGCGUCCUGAAGGACCAGAUGCUAUUGAUAAACCACCAAGGAUGCAAACCACAGGUAGUAAUUUAAAAAAGCAUCAGUUAUCUAGAAAAUCAAGAACAAGUGGGACUUAUCAUACCAGUAAAACUGUCAGAGAUAUGAGUGGUCAAAGUAAAAAGCGUUUUGAAGUAAAUCAGACUGAUGAGACUUAUUCAACUAUUAAGUGUUCAACGGAUACCACAGCAGAGAAAGAAAACAAAGUAAUUCCGAAGCCGAUGAUUUUGAAUGACCUAAAUUAUAACUCAGAGAAAGAUUUCCUCUGGGAUAAAGAAUCAGGUAGUGAUUAUCCACAAGUUAAAAAUACACCCCUGAAGAUACUAAAGUACAAAGAUUUUAAAAAACCUUCUUUUGAUCCAAUCGAUAACUGGAAAACUCAACUGAUUCCAAUUUCAGAGAUAUUUGAUAAAAAGUAUUUCCGAGAAUCUUUAUUCAGCUAACUUUGAAUAGAUUACAGUGAUAAUCUGAAAAAAAUUAUUACUAAUGUAUAUUCAUUGAUGGUAUCUUAUUGAAAUUCCAAGCUAUGAUGAUACUAGAUAUCAUUUUUGUUUGAAAAUUAGCAUUGAACUCCCUUCUAUACUUUUCCACUUAAAAUAUUUUACAUUAAUUAA